AUGGAAACGCUGCGGGUCGAGGCUGAGGCCAAGCGAGAGGCUGCUGUGAAGGGAUUGCAGGAAACAAUCUCAGAUCUACAAGAAGAGGUCAAGACACUGCGUGAGGCCGUGGAUGGCUCUAGCCCCGAGAUUUUCCAAGCCCAAGCCACCACAAAUCCGGGGUCCAUCAUGCGCUGGGAAGUGGUGGGGCCGGCCGUAGAAGGCUUCAACAUAGUCGAUGGGGUCAUUCGCGAUCUGAACCCGGGCAUGUAUCAAGUGGUGGCGAUUUUAAACUGCGUCUCGCAUGGCCACCAGGCCACCAGACCCAACUGA